AUGCGCUUCAACUUGUUCCUUGCUGCCACGGGCUUAGCCAGCGCCGCAAUUACCACCUCCUACAGCUACGCCCGCGGCCUUGAUGCCGACUACCCUGAGCUUGAAGAGCGUGACGUAUUCUCAUCCAAGGAGGAGGCUAGUCACUUCCUACGAAGCCUCGAUGAGGACGAACUCAACGCCCUCUACCCGCAGGCGGAGGCGGAGCGUCUAGAGGAAGACGUCGUGCAGCAGAUAGAGGGAGACGUCGCGCGGCGUGAACGAAUCUCUAGCACAAGAAACCGCAAUCACGCCAGGAGAAGAGUCAGGGGCUACGAGGAGAAGUGCCCUGGCAUACCUUGA